UGUUUACAACGCAGUUCAUUGUUACUUGAUCAUGCUUUGACGUUGAUAGAGAUUAAUGCAAUUGAGAUAGAAUGAUGUAAAACCCAGUAAUUCGCACGUUUGAUUAGCCUCCAGAUAAAAUUUUUGGUCGUACUCAUGCAUAAUUUGUUGCACAUACAGUUGUACUAUUGGUGUGUUUAGACUGUUUUUGUGCUACAUAUGUUCGGAGAAUCAGCAAGAGUGGAGACCAAACCAAUUAGCUUAAUUAUGUGCCUAAAUUCCCAGUUUGUCCCAAUUUAAUUUCUUUACAAUAUUGGCAAUGAUGAUGACCCUGUCUCAAUUAAUCAGAUUUGAGCUGAUUAACCAAAAGGAGUUACACGAUGUGUGUCAACAAGUCCGGAACAAGAUUUACAAAAUAAAACAAGCAGUGACACUAUUUCAAUCCAUGUUGUCGUCUGUGAGAUUGUUUCAAGAUUUUGUCUCAUGUUGUAAAGCACUGCUUGCCAUGCAAACGAGCAUCGGGGAGACCGUCCAGUUGGUACAAAACUGCAGCCUCGUUUCCUCCCGAGUGGAAGGGGUCGAGAUGGGCCUGUGGAGAGUUCGACUUCCUUUCAUGGCGGCGACGACGACGAGGACGGGGAUCAAUUUCGGUUUUGCAACUUGGAAAAAGAAGAAAGAAUUGGAUUCACUCUUGCAAGAGUUGGAACAAGUUUUUGAGCAAUGUGUGUUUCUUCAGAAUUCGCUGAUACAUCUUGAACCAGGAUUUUCAUCAACACCAAUGCAACUCCAAAACGAAGUUAAUCCAAUUGACUUGCCCAAUCAGUCCAAAUGGAGUUGCGAAAUAAUGAGGAAGGAGGCAGUCAGUAGUUUAACAAUGGCCAAAGAAUGGAAUCAGGACAGUUUAAUCAUUUUACGAAAUUUGAUAGAGUGGGAUUACCAGCAUCGAUUUUCAGUUGGAGAAAGUAACGAUGAUGAUGAGAUGAUGAGCACAUUUGACGAUGAAACUACUGGUUAUUAUGAUUCUAGUGAAUCUCAUUUUCUAUCCGGGUCGUCUCAUGUUCCUCACAAGGGAAAGUACACCUCGAUUAACAGCAAGAAUUCUCGAAUCAGGAGAUUUUUACUUUUUUCCAUCUUUUUCGUUAGUUUCAUAUUAGUCUGCAUGAUGGUUGCUUCGUAAAAUUGAUUACGUAUUGUUUGUAGCAUUCCUGUGAUAAUACUUUAUAUUACUCUCAGUUAGUAUUUAUUUAUCUAUAUAACUUAUUGUAUAUUUAUCUACGACUGUGCUUACCUCAUUCUAUUGUAAUGAAUUUAUGUAUGGAGUAUGGUGAUCUCGGAACUAAAAUGUUCCUAUUUGCUAAUUAUUUCUACCCAAUAGAUACAUAAUACAUGUAUUUAAGAUGUGCAAAGUUUUUUUUACUAUAAUAUAAAGUCUUAUUUAUGGAGAAUCCAUAUCUAGUUAAGUCUUAAUCAGGUUUUGAUGGGAAAUGUCAGAAAAUCAUCUAUUGUGUUCAAUGCGUAUGUACAUAGGAGAUACAUGUUAUGAGAAAUAAUGAGGUACAUGCACAAUGCUGAAAGUGAUGCCCGUCAUGAAAAGUGUAUCUAGCUUCGGGGUUUCAGAGUCCGUCCGUACAAUACUUGUAACAAGCCAUGAACAAAUAUUAGUAGCUUCAUAGAUCACAGGACAUUGCGUUUGGGAAAUACGCAGGUUCAUUAUCUACUGAUAUUUGACUCCAUAUUAAGUAAACACAUCCGACCCCGGCUUUAAUCUGAUAAUCUAGCCUUCUUGAGACAAAUAUUCUAUUCAGCCAGCAGAGUAGAUCUCUUUCUGGGAACUACUGCGAGGAGGGAUGAUCUAACUCCUUAGAUUUCCAUGACUUGGUUGAUACUAUUGGUCAAAACACGUCUACACUUAUUACAUCUCAUCCAUUUGGCCUGUCACACCCUUCAAAAGUGUGAAAAGUAUGAACUCAAAAAAGAAAUACCCCUUUUUUGCCAUGCAAAAUAGUUUAAAAAGCUAAAAAAAAUUGUAAGCUGUUUUUGCACUGGUUAAUGUAUCAUAUUAUUAAAUUUUGCAUGUAUUUUCUUAAUUUUCUUGAAGCCUAUAGCCCUGGUCCGAAAAAUGGAUGAGGGGCGCACACUAGUGAGACCCCUUUCUCCUCCAGCAUUAGAGACUAACUAAUAACAAGCCAUGUACAUAUACAAUCUGAAAGUGAAGCUUAUGUGGAUUAGCCUCUUCCCAGGAGGAUUAUUAAAUGAGGAAUUGAUAUGAUGAAGUAUCGUCUGCUGAUGCAUGUCAACCUUAUUAAUAAGGUUUGGUCCUGGACAUUCAUUAGCUGAGUUGACAUUCCAAAUUACUAACUAAACUACUAACUAUGUAGUCGUGGUAUUACGGGUGGUGGAGAUUUUCUGGAGAGAGCUGGAUUGGAUGAAGCACAUAAUAAUCUUAACUUGAGAGGCAGCAAAAAGCUAUAUAUACCGGAGGUUGGAGUCAUGAGAACCUCCAGUGUGGGAUACGGAACGCAGUCGGAAAGUCGUCAGAAAACAAGUAGCCAACCUUGUUCUUUUAGCACUUGAAAAUCCAUCCACUACAAAAACUAUCCUCCACUUUGGCAGAUAGUUCUAACUGCAAG